AUGACCUGGGGACAAUUCCUAGAUCACGACGUCACCUUAACAGAGCUGCCUGAAGGCUUAGAUUGUGGGAUAAACAAUGCACCAUGCCAACCCAUUCCUGAAUGUGUUAACAUAAAAAUCCCGAAUGGUUUAGAACUGUUAUUUAACGACUCUGUACAAUGCAUUCCUCUUCCCAGGUCUGUGAGAGACCCAGAUGGUAACCAGGUUAGUGGAGUAUUUAACUUUUUCAUAAAUGUCCAGUGAUACACAGAGUAGCGUCUAUUUCAUAUGGUUUCCCACAGGCAGCCCAAGCUCAGUAUGAGAGUUAAAUCAUUAAUACGUUUGGUAUCCUAUUGCGUAAUCUUCAAAACGGUCGUGAACUUAAAGUGCUUAAAUGGAAAUAAGGUAAGAGAUUCAAGAAGAUCAAUACUCGCUGGAGUUUCCAACAAAAAAAUGCUUAACUUUAUUAAGUUAGUUAUUGUUUGCUUCCUGUGUGAUUUUUUUCCCGAUCUGAUCCGAUUUUAGGAGGAGAAACACAGGGAUGGAAGAAAUAAAAAAUUGCUAAAUUCGCAUCAGCACACAUGAAGCAUGUUAAUGAUUAAACUCUCAUACUGAGUUUGGGCUGUCUGUGGAUUUCCCAGAGUAGGAAAGUUUUCCAGACGCGAGAACCCUUAAGAAUAGGACACAUACUAGGUUUUGAGUGAGAGUAGGACUAAACGUUGUCAGUAAAAGUUAUGCAUAAUCGAAACAGGCCAGACUAGGCUGCCGUUUCCGCGAACAUCUUCAAGGUGUUGAAAGAGACGCAUCGAAACCAGUAGCUCCCACUUUAAUCUUGCAAAUAAGGCCAGCCAAAACGUGGUAAUCAUCUGCAGUGUCACAUGACACUAACAAAAGACUCCAGGGUUUGAAUGACACUCAGAGUCCAUGGAAAAGCAUUAUUUACUCGUUGGCAUACACUAUUAUCAUUCGAUGCAAAUUUUUCUUCCUUUUCAUUGGCCUAGAGCCCACCAUGUGACCUGCAAAUAACUCCAACAAAUAAUGGUCUUUUCAUGCGAAAUGUCGUCCAACUGUGUUUGGCUACAAACAAUCUUCUGCUUAAGGUUAAAUGACACCUCGCUUUUCUCCUCCUUGCAAUCGCUCUUCCGUUAAAAUGGCAGAUUGCUUCCAGUCCAUGAGUUUAUUUAAAUUUAUUAAUAUGUUCAGUACUCAACCUAGUCUAAUAAUUGUCAAUUUUAUUUUUCAUUUGAAAUAAAUAUUAUCUCUUAUACCAAUAACGUCUUUAUUAUUUCAGAUAAAUAUUAUCACCGCUUAUGUUGACGGGUCACAAGUGUACGGAUCAAGCGAUGAAUUAGCUAAACAGCUUCGAAGUCCCAAAGGCCAUGGACUUCUAGAUACGGUGCCACUGAGAAACAUUGGAGGCCUACCAAGACUUCCUGAUGCUAGUGAAGAAGCUUUCUGUAGAUCUCCCAAUCCAGAAGAAAAACCUUGCUUUAUUGCUGGCGAUGCUCGAGUCAAUGAAAAUCAAGGUAGAAAAGACAUUCUCUUUUUAAAAAUCUUUCAAAUCACCAAUCAAAAUUCAAGUCAAAAGAAAACAGAGUCGUAUUAUUUAAAAUAGUAUAAGUGAAAGUGCCGCCCAAGACGCAUUAUUCGUUUUGUGUGUUUUGUCAUCUUUCUAUUCAUUUCAUUAAUUUACAAUCACUUAACUUAUUAAAGAUAAAGGGAGAAAGAAUGAAUGAAUGAAACAAAAGAAAACUAAAGAAAGAGAUAAGAUAGAAUGGAAAAGGGAUAUAGCUAAACUACAGUUAAAAUAACCUUUAAAUCAAAGUACCCAUUUUUGAUCGAUGAAACCCGAUACCUCAGGUACAAUUUGUACUGUAACAAGUAAGGUUUGACUGACAUGUACGUGUAGCAUUUCACGGCGCUCACUUAGAAUAUAGCCUGCGAACAGGCUCCUAAGAAAAGCGGACAAAAACAAAUUGGCGAAGGAAGCAAGCCUAUGUGGACAGGAAUGCUAUUAAAGCCGGUGCAUUCAAACGUAAAAACAAACUAAUUUGACAAGUCUAAUUACCUUAUUGACAAAUUUGUUAGAGGAUGAUUGCAAGUGGGCGCGCUACGUAGAUAGAUGAUAGAUAGAUGCAAACUGGUACGAAACUGGACAGUAUUAUAGUAAUUAGCUAACAAAUUCUAAAUUUUCAUUCAAAACUCGUCUCUUAAUCAGCAUAAAGGAAUAACCGUGGAGUAAUUUUAUUGCAGCUCUUAUGGCGAUGCACACUUUGUGGGUUCGCGAGCACAACCGUAUUGCAACAAACCUUAAAUUGCUCCGUCCCUACGCGGAUGACGAGACACUGUUUCAAGAGGCGCGUAAGAUUGUAAUAGCAGAGCUUCAACAUAUCACCUAUAAUGAGUGGCUUCCAGUAUUAUUCCCCAGUAAAGAAUUGGUAAGAACUUUAUCAAAGUACGUUAUAUCCGCACCGAUGAUGAAUCCUCUUACGGCCUCUUGAACUAACUUGUUCUUCUGUUGAUAAUCAUUUCACUAAUAUUGUUAGACAUUUAAUUAAUUUAACUGAUAGAACGUAAUGUGGUUUAAGAUUUGACUUCCCUAAAAGCAUACGUGAUGGGUAAUGCGCAAUUAAUUUCCUGGGAGACCCACAGUUUGAUGAGGCUAAAGAACUGGUAAACAAAUUUCAAAUUUUGAAGUUUUGAAGUUUAAUUUUUUAUUUUUCUUAAUUCAGUCUCUAUGUUGUUUAAAAUAACGUUUUGGCUAUGAAUGUCAGCCUUAGUCAUAUUCUUGAGAUGUUUUUAAGUUUAAUUUUACCUUAACCGUUCUUCGAAAAAGGGUUCGUACUGAAAAAGAGUCAUUGUGUGACUGUCAGCUCAAUGCCAAGAAAAAGAAAUGUUGACCAGUGCAGAGAAUAAGUUUUUGUUACAAUAACAAAAACAGUAAAUUUUAAAAUCAUUUUAAAAAAAAUUAAAUAGUUUAACUCUCACGGAGGAAUUCGUUCCGAAAUUUUAACUUCGCUUUAAAAUGAAAUACAUUUGCACUUUGUCUAGUAUUUUACUGAUUCGCUAAAAAUGCUCCAACUUAGGAACUGAUAAAUGCGUCAUGUUGUCAAAGUGACAAUUUUGCAUGAUUCCUACCUUUGCAAUCAUUUAUUCCUUUAUUUCUUUCUUUCUGUUCUAACGCUUGGCCCAGCGUGCACGUAUGUUGAGCUCUAACUCUUUUUAAGCUAAGUCUAAACUAAGGGGGCCUCCAUACUUGGAAAAAAAACGGCCACUUAACUGAUAACUGAUCGGCGAAAGCACACACAUUAUUUACGUCAUCCUUGCCCCGGCAUUUAAUACAAGAGAGCGCAUUUUAAAAAUGUUUUUAUAUUUCUUUUUCAGAGAAAACAAUUUGGUGUUCUUUUAAAACCUAAAGGAAAAUUCUUCACUGGAUAUGACCCCGAAGUGAAUGUGCAAUGCACCAACGUUUUCUCUACAUCCGCUCUGAGAAUGGGUCACAGUUUAAUUCGCGCCGUUUUUGAUUUGAGAUCAGCCGACGGCACCUUUAGUCGAUUUAGAGGAUCUGAUCGGUCCCUGCCUAGAGACAUUCGUUUUGCUGAGCCAGUUGACUUCUUUAGACCAGAAAGGUUUUUUAACAAAAAUGAACAAAGCGUCUUUACAAGAAUUUUGUUCGGGCUGAUAUUUUUCGUGGCUCAGACUCCUGAUCGGUAAGUAUAGCGCUCUUUAACCCUUAAUGAUAUUUAGACUGGGCCUGAUUUAGGUCCCUAGGACUCUAACUCCAGCAGUGUAGUAUUUUUACUGACGCAGCACGCUAGCAACACACCAGCACUGCCCUGUCCAUUUCCUGACCCAAGCAUAUCGGAUCCAUGUAACCAAGAAUGCAGUUAUAGCUUCCUCUCUCGCCAAAGGUCUUCACAGUCAGCUCGCAUGAAGUUCAAACCCCCAUACGUUGUGUUCUUUUAUACUCCAUCAUACCCUUUUGUGUCGUACAAUCUUAAUAGCCUCAUAUGGUUAAAUUUUCAUGACAACGCUACAUGACUCCCUCAUAGUGUGAACAUAGCCUACCGCUGUGUUCACACUAUAUCUAUAGUUCUUGCGUCGGCACGAAAACCAUACUGGAUAGGGCUUCUGUUCACACAUAAAUUAUUCUAAUGUGGUCUAUCAUGUGACAUGGAUUAUCUCGGUUUCACUAAUCGACACCUACAUCCACGCAUCAGCGAACACACAAGCUCAGCUCGUUGAUCGGAAGGCACAUCAUGCGUGAAAGAACAUGGGGCCGAGAAGCCAACCCUCACGGACAAUUUUUCGGUCCUCAAAAAAUGCAGAAAUGAAUUCAAAAGCCUUGUCUACGAGAUACUAUUUAUACAAAAACUCAAACCAUCACUGAACAUUGAAUCGGAUUCGAUUCGCGCUAAGCUUUUCUAUCAAAUACAUUUACAUAGGGUGGAUUAUUUGCAGCAUACGACGGUAUACCCGUCCCAUUUGCCCACUGGAAUUUUUUUUUUAAGCUCAAAAACAAAAAAAAAUUCAAACGGGCAAAUGCGAUGUAUAUACCCGUAUGCUGCAAAUGAAUCCACCCAUAAUAAUGAAGCACGCACGAAUGCAAUCUUAUUUAUUCAAACUACACCUCUUUUAACAACUUUGAAACUUUACACUCUUGAUAAUGAUGUUCCAAGCAUCGGAAAGUCGAGUAACGCGUUCUUAAGUUCAAAUUUUCUUGUUAAAUCAGCUGCAAGCACUGAACUGACUAUUGGACUUAAGUACAAAAUUAUUUUUAGUCCCCAGAUGGCCUUGUAACUUUUUUGAUAGAGUCAUUGUUUGUGAACAACUGCUCCUUCCUUAAUGUAGACGCUUAGUAUUAGAAAGAUGAUUUCUCUAAUAGAAUCUCAUUCCUUUUAUAGUAUCUUUGUGAACGCUGUACGCGAGAGACUCGUCAUUGAAGGCAAUAUCUUUGGCGAUCUCAUGGCCAUCAACAUUCAGCGUGCUCGGGACCAUGGCCUACCAGGUUACGCCCAUUAUCGAGAAGUGCUUGGAUUGGGAGCUGUUAAUUCUUUUGAUGACAUUUCGGAUAGUUUCUCUUCAGAGCAGAUUGCAAGAUUUAAGUUAGUAUACAAAGAUGUCAAAGAUAUUGAUGUAUUUCCCGGCUGCAUAGCAGAGACCCCCUUACCAGGAAGCCAGCUUGGACCCGUAAAUACCCAUCUUAUACUAAAGCAGAUGGGAAAGUUCCGCUCUGGUGAUCGCUUUUGGUACGAGAGAGAUGACCACUUGACCGCCUUUACGCUCAAACAGCUGGAUGAAAUAAGAAAAGUUACUAUGGCUAGAGUCAUGUGCGACAACCUUGACGGUGCCACCCGCAUUCAGCCUUGGGUAUUCAAAACAAUAAAAUCCCGCCGAAGUGUGGUUGACUGUGCAGACCUAGAUUACGUUGACCUGAAAGAAUUCAGUCAAGGUAACUUUUAUCUAUUUCAAAUAUUUCUAAUAUAUCCUAUUUAUUUUCAUCUUCCAUCUGUAGACUAAUAUUAUUACACUUGACGAGUUUUCUCUCGUGUUUGACAAACAGGAGACGCGGCAUUACGAGUAUGAGUUAGGCAGUUAUAUUAACGCAACGAGAGAGCUUACUCACAGUCGCUCACAGGGUACAGAAAGCAACACAAACUAGACGCCUGGAGGCGUUCAGUGUUCUGUCAAAAACUUCAGGAUUUCUAGACAUAUAUAUGAUAUUUUAUGACAACGAGAAGCUUGACAGAACAAACUACAGCUCAUAGAAGUUGAUUGCGUUUUGAUGUGCAAGGGUUGCACAUCAGUUUUGAUUUAAAAUGUUUAUGGCUGGUGUCAACUGUUUUUGACCAAGGAUGGAAAUGUGGCAUUGAAAAUAAACCAUUUUACACUUGUGGGCUUGGUGUCCUAGCCUUUGAGUGAACGUGAGGCUGGGGUUGACCUUGUUUUAACACAAACCUCUUUCCUUUUCUCAUGGAAACUGUGCAAAAAAAAAAAGUCCUAGUUAUCAUAAAAACAUCAGGAUUUACAUAGUAAACCAGGGAGGGUUGUAUUGGUCAACUCCAACUUCGUUUUCGCCGUUAACUGUAAAAUGGUCUAUGAUACGUUCAAAUAAUCAACCUCGGUUAAAAUAAUGUAUUGCUCAAUUAAGUUACACCGUGAGUAACUACUAUUUUUUUCCUUUUCUUUAAUUUUGAUAGGAGCUGGGGUGGAACCGAUGGAAGAAACUGGUGGUGAAGAAAGUGCCGCUGCCUGAAUCCUUCAUCACGUGUGAAACCCUUACUUUUCUUAUUCGUAAUUUCACUUUAUUCUAAGUGAAGAUAAGAUGAUCAUGCAAACCUUUAAGAGAGACGGCACCAGGCAAGAAACCAAGCAUUUCUUCUAUUCAAAACCUGGAGUUUAAUCUCCUGCUUUAUCAAUAAAGUAUUUGAAUGAAAUGCCACGAAGUCUGAUGUAGUUAAUAGCGGCGAAUUUAAGGAAACGGAUCUGUUUACCCUGACGUCGCCCUUUACUAAAUACACCCUUUGACAUGAGCCAGUUUGGGA